AUGGAUCAUUGGUGGGUCCUAUCCUAAAGGCUGAACUAUGUAAGUGAUCAUUAAUCGUGUGGGUUGAUGUGCCUUGGUUGUCGACUCGUUGACCGGGGUUGACCUUCAAUACCUGUUGGGAGCGUGAGAAUAUCACCGUCUAAACUGAAGUCACCUGAUCACUUGUGUUCAUACUCCGUCAACCCGGGCAAUGAGCGGCAGCUGUACGUACCGUUACUAAGUUGCCGAUCAUCGUGGCCGGCCGGUCUGAUUUAGCCUGAUUUCAUCCUGCCCAGCCUGGGCCCUGGGCUCUGGAACGUUUUCAAAUUAAUGAAGACCAAACCCGAACAGCAAACCGAUACGCGUCAACCCUGCAGGGAUUCCGCGAACACGGACAACAUCACUACACACCUCUCUGCACCGGGGUGCACCCUCAGUAGCGCUCGGUGCUUUCUUGUUUUGAGGGAUCACCAUCUCCGAAAAGGAUGGCGAUGUCCUGGAUAGUACAGAUGAAGGCGGUGACCACCGUUGUGCAGGGGAUGGCACUCGGGCUUACAGUUUUCCGUGUCUGGUUCCGAAUACAAAUAAGAAGAUUCUGGUGGGAGGACGCAUGGGCUGCCGCUGCUGGAUUGCUUGGGGUAGUGUACCUGAUUAGUUCCUGGGUUAACCUGUGCUCUGAAGGGAGGUCAUCUGUAAUUUCAUUUUGGAUAUCAUCGUUCGCAUUCCCCUGCGUAAAUUGGUCUGCACGUAUGAGCAUACUGCUUUCCAUUGCGCGAGUUGCGCGACCCACGCUGUGGCUUUUUCGCCUGUCCUUGGGCUUCGUAAUUCUCUUCUUCUCGAUGUGGGCAGGGUUUAUUGUGCACAAGGCACGGAAUUGUAGAUCGAACCGCAGUUGGUACCAUGAAAUGGGCCAGAGAGGUCCACAUUGUCAUAUGGACCAUUCGACGGCGGUCCACCAACUCGCAACUAAUUGUGUCGCUGACGGUAUCCUUGUGGUCUUUCCCCUCCGAUUGCUCUGGAAUGUCAACCUGCCCACUCGACAGCGACGAAUGAUUCUGGCAAUAUUCUCGUCUAGCAUCAUCACGACAAUGUUCUCCCUGUUCCAUGUUACCACCCAGUUUUUGUCACUCACAGAAGUCGAGAUAAUUGCGGUGAAUUUGGAGACAUCGUCCUCCCUGAUAGUUUGCAACCUGCUAGUGAUUGUGACAUAUGCAUACCGCGCAGUUAAUCGUAAAACCGACACCGAUCCAGAAGAUGAUGACUACACCACCCCGACUCUAGUCGCCCCAAUAUCACAACGGCUCACAACCAGUGACAUUGCCCCAUCUCAGCGGUUUACCACCAUUGACCUCAGCGCAUUCGAUGAAACUUCCGCUUCUGACAGCCACCUCUGAGGUAACAAUCUUAGUGUUUCGAAAGUGCACAUACUGCCUAUACUGUAUACAUAUAUGAAACUGAUCCAUCACAUUGUCGUGCUUCAGUGUUGGUUUCAACUUGACAUUGCGUAUAAUCAUUUCAAUCAAACUAUGGAGGGAGUACAGGACAUAUGUAGUGGCUACCAUAUAAUGUGAGAAGUGAGACAAUUAGCACAUCAUAUAUAAUCUGGCAUUUACGGACGAUCUGGUAUCGGACCCAAAGG